UUUUCCUGUUAUCGUUGUCAUGCAGAAUCUACUUCUUGACAACACUUCUGCUGAUUUUAAAUUUUCAAUCUGCUACAUGGCAUAAAGAUCGAGUUUGUUUUGUUUGUUGACAAAUUUAGUAAAAACGCGAAUGUAUUGGGACGGGAGGCUCGAAUCGUGCGGUUGUGAAACGGCCGAAGAUGUCUCAGGAUAUAGGCCUAUUGCUCGACGAUGACGACGACCUGUUGGCGAAGGCCUGCGAGGAUAGUCUGAGUCACUACAAUAGUAAAAGUUUAGAAGAAAAUGAAUUUGCAACAGUUGAUGACAUUAUUUUAAUAGAUGACGAUUCUAAUAGCUCAAAUGGAAAAAUUGCUGAAAGAAAAAGUGUACUUUGUUCACAGGUUGGAGGAAAAGCUGGAGAAGUACUUUACAACGGUGAUGAAGCAAAAGGUUUUCAUCUUGCCGCUGGGUCCAGCUACAUUUACCCGACAAACUACCCAGUGCGGCAGUAUCAGUCGAAUAUUGUCCAUACUGCUCUUUUUAAAAAUACCAUGGUGACUUUGCCGACUGGCUUAGGAAAGACUUUUAUAGCAGCGGUAGUGAUGUAUAAUUUCUACAGAUGGUACCCCUGUGGCAAAGUGGUUUUCAUGGCGCCAACAAGGCCAUUGGUGGCACAGCAGAUCAAAGCUUGUCAUCAUAUCAUGAACAUCCCACUAUCUGACACUACAGAGAUGACAGGUGUUCAAAAUAUUGAUGUGCGAAAAUCACUCUGGAAAGAGAGACGAGUCUUUUUCCUGACACCACAGGUGCUCGUGAAUGAUCUCCGAAGUUCGGCUUGUCCAGCCGAGUUGAUAAAAUGCGUCGUCGUGGACGAAGCGCAUAGAGCCGUCAAAGAUUAUGCAUACUGUCAGGUGAUUAAAUUGCUACAAAUGGCAAAAGGGAGCGAAUAUAGAGUUUUAGCUCUUUCUGCAACACCUGGAAAUGGAAUAAAUGCAGUUCAACAGGUAAUCGAAAAUUUGCAAAUUGCCGCAUUGGAAAUCAGAGGGGAAGACUCUUUGGACGUCGCUCCUUACACUCAUUCCCGUGCAAUCGACACCAUCGUCGUUUCACCAUCUUCUGAAAUGAAAGUAGUGCGUGAUGAUUUUUUAAAGGUCUAUGAAAAAUAUGCUAGACGGUUAAAAGAAUUCAAAGUAUUAACAAACAACAUUUCUACAGUUACAAAAUUUCAGGUACUUAAAGCUAUGGAAAAAUUCCGUGCAAAUCCUCACAGAGGUAUGUCUUCAGCAGUCGUUGGUAGUCUCAUAUGCGAUUUUACAAUCUGCAUGUCACUAGCGCAUUCAUUGGAACUUCUUGAGAUUUACGGCUUAAGAGCUUUUUAUUCAUAUUUGUCAGACGACACCAGGGAGAAAUGCAAAGCGGCUUCGAGUAGGUUGAAAAACGACGAGGAUCUGGCAAAGUUGUUGAAAAAACUGAAGACUGUUCUCUAUAAUACUUCAACCCAGAACUUACCUUACAUCUGGAGUCACCCGAAAUUGCAACAUUUGGUAACUUCUUUGAGCACACAUUUCAAAAAAGCUGACGAAUCAAAGAAACAGACCAAGGCCAUUGUAUUUUGCCAGUACAGGACGAUAGUUUCCGAAAUUGUGGAAUUACUUGAAAAAAGCAAACCUCUAAUAAAAUCGGCAAUAUUUAUCGGCCAGUCGGGAGGAAAGGAGAAAGGUAUGCCACAGACAAAACAACUACAGAUAAUGAAAGAAUUCCGCGAUGGUACUAUUAACUGCCUGGUGGCUACUUGUGUCGCUGAAGAAGGUCUUGAUAUUGGUGAGGUUGACCUUAUAAUCCUAAUGGAAGCCCACAAAUCACCGGGCCGCCUCGUACAAAGAAUUGGCCGAACUGGCAGGAAACGAAAGGGGCACUGCAUCAUCCUUUUGACAAAAGGCAAGGAAGAACAGAAAUUCCACGAAGCAAUGAUGACAAGAAAAUCAUACGUUAAUAAUAUCUGUAAUUCGAGCGCUAUCAAAGCCAGCCUCUGUCAGUUCUCCCCAUCCAUGUUUCCACCAAAUGUGAAACCGGUGAAACAGUUGGUGCAUAUUUCAGUCGAUGAUGAUGGACCGACACCUGAGAAGCCGAAAAAACAAAUAGACAUUAGAAAUUGCAUGCCGAUACAUAAAUCACCUUUUCUAACUGAAGAAGAAUACGAAGUGGUAUUUAGUGAACUGGGGACAAAUAAUGUCAAUAUGGACCACAUUCCAAGAUGUGAAGAAAUUUGGCACAGAAGAUUUAAUAACAAGAUGGGUUCAGAUGAACUGUUCAGUAAAAAGUGGAGUCGACUGUAUUAUUGGAACGAUUGGAAUCUUGAAGUUCACAAAUCAUUCAAAGUCAGCAACACAUUGAGAUCCCAACAUUUUUGCGAACUGCUCCAGUCCUCCAGGAAUGUUAAAAAUUUUGUCAAUAUCAGUGAUGAAGAAUUGGAACAAUUGAUCGUAAACGAAUCAUCCAGGAAGGAAGAUAAUGAAAGUCGAAAUCGCAUAGUGGGUAAAAAAACGGCCAAACUGCCUGAAGAAAAUGAAGAGAAAAAAGCCAAGAAGAAGAAACUCAAUUCUAAAAAUGAUGGCAUGGAUAUUCGCUCAUGCAUGGCAAUCGCUGCUGAAAAGGCAAAAGUUGAAAUUAUUGAUAUUAGAAGCCCAGAUUCACCUGUGCCGAUUGAAAUCGAUGAUGAACAAAUAGAAAUAGAAAACGGAUCUAAAAUUUUCAAAAUUGAUGAAAAAUACCUGAAAGAACUUUUGUACAGCGAGGCGUUAACAUGUGCUUUUGAAAAGAAUGUCGAGAUGGGUUACAGGCUAAAUAAGUACCUAACUCCAAAACCAGUUUAUCCUCUGCAAAUUCCUAAAUUUGACACCUCACUCAACAUUGACUUUCUUUUUAAACCAAACACUUUCAAAAAUCUAAAUAUUAUGCCACAGGAAAAGCUGAUGAUAGAAAGCAACGACAAUAUAGUUAAAACUAUGAGAGUCAAUGCUGAUUCACUACCCAACAAUCUGAAAAAUUUAAAUUUGACGGCAGACGAAAAGCUCAUGAUUGAAUGUAAUGACAAAAGAGAGGAAAUUAUGACAGAUAAUGCUGAUUCACUACCUGACACUGUUAAAAUUUCUUCUGAAGACGAAGAAUCAAAUGAUAUUGUAGGCAUCGAUGAUCUUUUCGACAAUGCUGACUUCAGCCCUGAUGAUGCGGUUGUUGAAGAAAACAAAGAAAAAUCCAAAAUGGUACAAUUAUUAACUAAUUCGCAAAAUAAAGAAAAUCAUGAAGAUGUGUUAAAUUCUCUCCAAGAUGAAAAGGACAAAUUAAUGAAAAAAGAUGAAAGUAAAACUGAUCCUGAUAUCGUCAGUAUUGACGAUUUGUUUGGAGAUGAUGAUUUAUUUGAAGAUGAUUGUGUGAAAUCUAAAGAAGAAUCCUUCACCCCUGAGAAAUUAUUUAAUAAAACAGCAAAAAAGGAUGUGAAUUUAUUUAAUGACAUGAAACAACCAUCAAAGAAUAGUUUAUCAAAAAACAAGUUUCAGAUUGAAGUAGAAAGUCUGUUAGAAAAUAAUGUCUUGAGUGAAAGCCCUGUCAGUUGUAACACUAAUUCAAAUAAUUCACUCAUCAAUUCUGCAUUUAUUUCAUCUACACCAAAGUACACUCAAAACAAAGGUAAAACGUUUAAAAAGAGCAUUAAAAAAAUUGAAACACAAGUUAAAAAGGAUGAAGAAAAAGAUCUCUGGGAGAUUAGCGCUUUGUUUGAUGAAGAUGAUGAUAUGUUUGCAAAUGUUGAACUUCCUCCAAGUCGUCACGAGAGCACCAUGUUUAGCGUCACCAAAUUGACGAGCAUGAUUAUGAAAGACAAAAAGCAAGAAUCUCGCCAAGAAAUUUCAUUUAAAAACAGUCCAGAUGAAUCUUGUGAAAAAACAAUCACGUAUAAAAAACAUAACGAAUCAUUAGAUUGUCCAAAAAAAUCGGUAAAUAAAAUAAAUGAAGGGCCUGUUUGUACUUUGGAUUUUCAGGAAUUUGACACAGAAACUCAACAAAAUUCAGAAAAUACUAACUCCAAUUUUAAGAAAUUCAAAAAUAAAAUACAAACUGAUUCAAUCUGUAAAAACAUACUCCCUUCUCAAAAAAUACACCUUCAAUCCGAACAAUCAGAUGACGAUUUUAUAAGUCCGGCCAAGUUGAAGCGAAGUUUGCUUCUAUCUCCCAGUCCAUCACCCUCACCCAACAAAGUCGCACGGAAAAAGAAAACUAAAAAACCCAAACAGGCAAAUGAAUACAUCGAAUAUGAAGCUGAAGAGAGUGGGAUUCUAUCGAGUGAUGAAAGUUGUGACACAUCAAACAGUCAAGACGAGAAAAAUAGCUUCAUUGAUGAUGAAUCUCUUUCUGAUGCUGAUAUAACUAACACACACUACCUUAAAUCUGUGAAAAGUCCGAUGCAUGGGAAAUUCAAGAUUCCUUCUCAUUGUAAUAAUCAGGCUGAUGUAUACUCCCAGCAAGUGGAACAAGACGUUGAUUACCAAAAUGAUUCCUUUUGUGUCGAUUCAGAAGAAGAGAUCACCAUCGGCGAGCCGUCCAUGUUGGAAAUCGCCGAGAAAAAACUGGCCAAGAAAAAAGGUAAUAAACUAAAAAGGAAGGAUCCAGAACCUGGUAGUUCGACGAGCGAGACCAGCUUUGAUGACCAAUAUGUUACACCCAAUUUUACAAUUAUUAAGAAACGCAAACCAAUAAUAGAGUCUGAUUCAGAGAGCGAUGUUACGCCUAAAGCAAAGAAAAAAUUGAAGUACUCAGAGUCUCCAAAGAAAAAAUCUCCAAGGAAUGAGGAAGUUAAAGAUAUACCCGAUGAUGAAUGUUCCGAUGAAGACUUGAAAAAAGCUCUCAGAUUGAGCCAAAUCGAGACAAAGUUCGAUUUUGAUUCGCAGUUGGAAAAGGACAUUCAGAAAGCGAUUCUUCUCAGCCAAAUGGAAACGGUUAAGCCUACUUUUCAACGUCUUCUGUCUGCCCCUCAGCUUCAACAUUCACAGACGACAAAAGUAAAAAAUGUCAAAUUGAAAAAAUCAAACAGCCUAAAGAAUUUUAAGAAACAAAGGACAAUCAGUGAUGCCUUUCGCAAAGUUUAAUGAACUGUUUCGUCAAAAUAACAAUUGUUAAAAUUAUAUUGUCUGUAAUUUAAUUUG